AUGCAUGUAAUCUGGAACUCCCGAGCCGCGGCCCAGGUGGUGCCCCGUCAAGCGUGGCCCUAUCUUUCUCGUCGCCUUCUUUUCUUGCUUCUGUCCCGUCCUGCUGCUUUUUCCUCGCCUGCUGCCGACCAAGCACUGUGGAUAGACGAAUACGCACGUACCUACGGUCAUUGA